ACUUUUUGCAUUUUCUGCUCGUUGAACAGACGCUGACAAUUACCUAAUUUCCCACGCAAAACGCAUUUGUUGUCCGAUCCAACCUCGACAAUGUCCAAAAAAUACAUCUUGACAUAAUUUCUUUUCUUCGUUGAGGGGUCAGUAAUCCCAGCGAGCCAACACAAAUUUCGACCAUGUUCAGGACGUAUGCAAAACAUUGCCAUUUUAAAUUUUGUACCGUUGUCGUAAAAAAAUUUUAAUUCGAAAUUAAUGUAAAAUGUUGCUGUCUGCUAUGGCAGACGAAGUUUCCCAUUGGAUUAUUGGAUGAGCUGUUUAUUUUCUGUUCUGCCAUGCGAAAGAUUCUGUGUUUACAUGGAUAUCGCCAAAGUGCACAAGUUUUCAAAGAUAAAACCGGCUCACUCAGAAAACUUCUGAAGAAGCAUGCAGAAUUAGUGUACAUUAGUGCACCUCAUCUUAUUCCAGCCAGUUCAGCCAUCCAAGAUGAAAGCAUGGAAACUUUACAGGCAGUUCCUGCAAAUGGAAAAGUUGAAGAGCAGAGAGGUUGGUAUUUCAGCACAGAACAGUUGACAUUCAAUUCACAUGAUGAAACAGACUUCAGCUGGGGACUGCAAGAGUCCAUUAAUGUUGUCAGUAAAGCAUUUGAAGAGCUCGGACCAUUUGAUGGAAUUUUGGGCUUCUCUCAAGGAGCUGCUCUUGGCUCAAUUCUAUGUUACAUGCUUGAAAAAGGAGAAUUAAAUUUUUCAUUUAGGUUUGCCAUUCUUGUGUCUGGUUUCCGUUCCAGAUUAAGCCCUCAUACAUACUUUUAUAAAACCAAACAAACCAUUGCCACUCUACAUGUAAUAGGAGAAACAGACAGAAUUGUGGAAAAAGAAAUGAGUGAGGAGUUGACUACCUAUUUUGAAUCACCUCACAUUAUGUGUCAUUCUGGAGGCCACUAUGUACCAGCAACAUCAAAGGAGAAGGAAGAUACUGUCACAUUCGUUAGACGUUUGCCUAAUCAAGAAGGAUGAUGAUUGUUAAGUGACCCUGAUAACACUACUGGACAUGUCUGAGGAUUUGAAGACUGACUAUUGGAAGUGGAGGACAAGAUGAAAAAUUUCGAAAACCCGCAUUGCGGCAUGGCUUUAUACAGCAUUUUACGGAACUCCUUGCUGCACAGGAAGUACAUGCAGAAAUUUAGUGCGAAGUUGCUCAUUUCCAACAAGUUUGCCACAGCGCGAAACACUUGAAAGCUGUGAAAUGAUUCCAGUUCUUGAUCGUAAAUAAUUGACAAAACUGCUGAUGGAAUAUUGGUGAUAAAAAACAAUACUAUUAUCGAUAACAAAAGAGUUAACAAUUUUCGUUCCUGUUCAAGGUUGCGAUUCGGGCGUCCACUACCUUGCAAGUCUGCAUUUGGUUGCCCUUGCCGCAUUUGCCUACGCGUUUUGACCACCCCAUGGUAUUUGAUCAAAAUUAACAUGUUGAGUGUAGCCAAAAUUAGACCGGGGAGAAAGCGGACUAGACUCUCUCCCAGCCAUACAUAUGCCGUCCAGAGGGGAUGAGCUGUCACAA